AUUUCAGCUGGCUUUUUGGGAUACUUAGAUUAGUUAUUUAAGCUCUUUUUAUUUUAUUUUAUUUUAUUUUUUGGCAAUGCCUAUAAAUAGAGGAGCUUGGCCUUAAUCUUUUGCUCAAUCAAAAGCAGGCUUGUUCAUUUUUCUUGGAUUCUGAGAGUGGUACUGAGUGUUGCAUUGAGCUUCUUUUCUUUUUAUUUUUUUUCAUGAGCAUCAAAAUAAUGGGCAGCUCUAAGAUUAUUGGUGCUGCGUUUUUGGUUUUAUUACUGGUGGACUUUGCCUUUGCUGCUAGGUCAUUUAGGAGUAUAGGAAAAGGAGGUGGUGGUGGAGGAGGAGGAGGAGGAGGAAGUGGUGGAGGUGGAAGUGGUGCUAAUGGUUUAGGGUCAGGUUCUGGAUAUGGUUUAGGGUAUGGUUCUGGAAGGGGUUCCGGAUACGGUUCAGGAGGUUAUGGUAGAGGAGGAGGAGGUGGAGGUGGUGAAGGAGGAGGAGGUGGAGGUGGAGGUGGCUCUAGUUCAGGCCAAGGGUAUGGGUCUGGAUAUGGGUCCGGAUACGGGUCUGGGUAUGGGAAUGGUGUAGGAGGUGGUGGAGGCGGUGGUAGAGGAGGAGGAGGUGGCGGAGGUGGAGGUAGUGGAGGUGGACAUGGCUCAGGUUAUGGAUACGGAAGCGGAUCUGGAUACGGAAGUGGUGGCGGUAGAGGUAGAGGUGGAGGUGGAGGUGGUGGUGGAGGAGGAGGAGGAGGUGGUGGUGGUGGCGGUGACAAUGGUUAUGGACAUGGUUCAGGAUAUGGAAGUGGGUCUGGUUAUGGUUCAGGGUACGGCAGUGGUGGGGGAGAUGAUGAUUAUUCACCAUAAACUAAUGAAUGGGUGAAUAUUUUAUUUAGGUAUAGAGAUGUAUAGAAUUGUGUUAGUAUUUGCAUGGAUUUGCAUGAGGGGCUUGCAUAUAUAUAUAUAUAUAUAUAUAUUGUAAGACUUCAAGUCUUUAGUAAAGCGUUUUAGAUACUACAUAUGUUUCAUAUUAUCAUGCAUUAUUGUACCAUCAGUAAUUACAAUGAAUAAUACUUUGUACUUUAUUCUA